AUGAAGAUGGCUCUUGCUGAGAUAAAUGGAUACCAGAUGCACUUCGAGGUGUUUGGGGACGAUGGUGCGCCAGCGCUGGCGCUGAUACACGGAGGUUUGGGGGGCGGAGACGGGGCGCGAGACACGAUCAACCGGCAGGCGGGUACCCUGUCCGAAGCGUAUCGCUGCGUGUUCUACGACCGGCGGGCGUGCGGAGGCUCGGACACCCCGGACGAAGGCUAUGGCAUGGCCAACUGUGCCCGUGACCUGCGGGAGUUACUGGACCAUCUGGGCAUCAGCAAAGCCCACAUCCUCGGCUCGUCUGCGGGCGGACCAAUCGCGAUGCAGUUUGCGCUGGACCAUCCGGACCUGACUGAUACGCUGAUCCUCAUCAACACGAUGACCUACUCGCAAGAGGCCCAGCGCGAGGUGCGGCGGCAGGAGCUGCGAAGACUGCAGGAACGGAUCGCGGACGUGGGCAGGUCCGCCGCGGUGGAGCAGGCGCUGUCCGACCGGUUCCCGCAGAUGGGGUCGGACGAUCCGGAGCGGUUUGCGCGGAUUGCCGCAGAGAACCUGGCGCGGAUCGACGGGAUAGCCGCCACUCAGCAGGCGUACCUGGACAUCGGGGAUUCACUGGAAUCGCGACUGUCGGAAUUGAGGAUGCCAACGCUGGUGGUCCACGGCGACGCUGACAGCCGGAUUCCGGUGGAGUGCGGACGCAGCCUCGCGUCGGGAAUUGCCGGGGCGGAGUUGCACGUGAUCGCCGGGGCGGAGCACGGCUUGAUGACCAACGAGGCAGCCGGUGAGACGCAGCGGAUCAUCCUGGACUUCCUGCGGCGGGUGUCGGCCAGCCGGACCCAGGCGGCCGCAAACUGA